AUGAAUAGCGUUGCUGGAGACGAUCUUGCUUGCACCGAUGAAAUCAAGGUGUAUGAAGAUGAAGGCGAAGAGGAUGAGCAAGUCAAAUCGUCAGAAAACUUGACUGAGGAUAAAGUUGGCCUCGUUAUCGAAAGUGAAGAGCAGGAAUUAGAUUCGAUAGAAGUGCUUAAGUUUCUCUCUGAUCCCGACUGGGCCCGUUAUGUUUUUUUGCGACUUUCCCAGCCCACCUUGUCCUUUUCUUCCUCUUCUACGUCCAUCCGUCCCUCUCUCCGCUCAUGUGCGUGUGCGUGCGUGCACCAUCCUCUGCCCAGAGGGACAAACAAAAGAGAGUACCCAACUCCCUCUGCCAUUCCCUUGGACUUCACCCCCUCGCCCCAUACAAGUGAAUGGGCGUCAACUUGGAGUCUUCACCACACUGAUUGUAUCGGUGUUUAUGUCUCUGUUGCUUUUCCCCCUAUGGGCCUCCUUGUCUCUCCCUUUGUCCUCUCUUGCUUCAUUCCAGUUUUGUCGUCAAUGUUUGGAUUGGAUUCCGCUACCCUGGAUGACAUUGUAGGCAGCGAAAAGCACAGCAACCAUUCGGAUUCAAGCUGGUGCCGUGAUGCUAGUGUGGUAACAAGUUUUCUUGAUGCGGUGACUGCGUGUAUUUGGGUCCAUUUAGGCACCCCUUCGACGUUUCACUUCCAUAAUGGCCACUCAUCUUUAAUUUUUGCCUCUAUACUGAAUUGGAUUGAUCUCUACCUUCUUCUUGCCUCCCUCCUUUAUGUCUGUAUCCACCCCCGGAACAGCCGACAGCGUCUUCAGAUGCGAAGGCCUCCAAUGCUCUGGGGUAGUCCAUCUAACUCUCCCUUCCUCACCCCCGACCCUGCUGUAGGUGCCUUUACCUCUGCUAUUGUGAUUGACAGACGACGUGGUUAG